AUGUGCUCGUCGUUCGGUGCCGUAUGCACUUGCUUAUGUGCAGUGUGCGUCGUGGUGGUGGGUUGGUGGCAGACGGUUCUAGAGAGGUGGAAUUUUUCGGAGACUACAUGGGGAAACGUAUUUCUGGCUUGCGUGGCGGAUGUGCUGCAUGUGCUGGACGGAGGGUUCCUUGGACACAUGGUGGACGAGUUCAUCUCUCCCCUCAGCAAGCCGGAAAGGAGAGAACUGCAGAGGCGAAAGAAGGAGCAGAAGAAGGACACGCGAUCCACGGUGGUCAGGAUCCCGGGUGGAAGUUCUUGGUUCAAGUCACGUGCAAACUACGCGGCGUUCGAGAACAGGGGCAUGAUGCAAGUGAUGCCGUUACUCAUCGCGGACAACAUGGAAGGGUGCGAGCCCGAGGAGAAGGAGCAGCGUUUCAAGGAGGUGAGGGCGUUCCGGAGGUACGCCGUAUUCUACAAGUCGCUGCUCGGCGUGAACAAGCACACGGAGAGGACGCUCAGUGACGUGCGGCAGUACGCGUACACUAUGGUGGACGCAGUUCAGGACGCUUUUCAAUCGCAAGCGUCCGCGUGGAACUUACCGAAGGUGCACCAGAUAAUUCAUCUCAUUGACGGCAUCAUGCUUCGUGGGAUGCCGUUUGAGUACUCAACGAACCUGUGGGAGCACACUUGCAACGGCACCGUGAAGGUGCCCGUGCGCGGGAGUAACUGGAAGGACAUUCCCCGACGAAUCGUGGAGGAGGAGGUGCAGAGGGAGAUCACACGGGAGGUGGCGGCCUUGGCGGGGGGAGGAAGGCAGUACGUCAGUGCCCUGCGUGAGGCGGUGAUACUUCAAACGUACGUCCUGACGAGGAAGUCGAGGAAUGCGGACGUAAGCGACGGCGAGGACGCAGUGCUGUGGGCGUACAAGGAGGCACUAGGCUCUGACAUGAAGGAGCUGGGCAGGUGCCUGGCAGCCGCUGGUGUGGCGGGCACCGCCAUCAAGGUACACACUGCGGUGGCCAUUCCGCGUACCCGUGGCGGGGAGCUUGUGGCCAAGGGCACGUUCGUGAAGGCCAGCCCGUCUGAGAUGUGGUUUUCGGACGUCGCUGUCAGGGCGAAGAAGGAUAAGGAGGAGUGGUACGCACGAUGCCUGUGCGUGUUCCGUGCAACGGACGCGAGUGGGGACGGAGGGUAG